UUCUGUUGAACGUGAUCAUCGGCAUGUCAAACUGGAGGCUCAAAGGAACCCCAUGACAUCUCUUUAUCAUCUUUCGCGAGUGAUCUGCCCCUCGUCAGGCUACCUACCUUCUAAGAUGUCCCAGUCCACCGUUGCUGAAGAAGGAGGGACCUUUGAGCAUCUGUGGAGCUCCCUGGAGCCAGACAGCACCUAUUUUGAGCUCCCCCCAAACAGCCACCCAGGUGAACACCCACUGCCCUCUACCAGCACACCGGGGAAUCACCGCAACUCUGCAGAGGUCUCUAUGGACGUCUACCACAUGAGAGACAUGAACGACAACGUCAUGUCCCAGUACAACUUGCUGAGCAGCAGCAUGGAGAGCCUGGGGAGCCGUGCGACAUCUGCCAGCCCCUACAGCUCCGAAAACGCCUCUUCAUCAGCCGUGCCCACCCCCUCACCCUACUCCCAGCCCAACUCCACCUUUGAGGGCCUUUCGCCUGCCCCAGCAAUCCCCUCCAAUACCGACUACCCGGGGCCGCACAACUUCCAGGUGUCCUUCCAGCAGUCCAGCACUGCCAAGUCCGCCACAUGGACCUACUCUCCUUUGCUGAAGAAGCUUUACUGUCAGAUUGCCAAAACAUGCCCAAUCCAGAUUAAGCUGUCCUCGUCUCCUCCACAUGGCAGCAUCAUCAGAGCCAUGCCAGUCUACAAAAAGGCUGAGCACGUCACUGAAGUGGUCAAACGAUGCCCCAAUCAUGAACUAGGACGAGACUUCAAUGAUGGUCAAACAGCCCCAGCCAGUCACCUGAUCAGGGUGGAGGGGAACAACCUCUGUCAGUAUGUGGAUGAUCCUGUCACGGGCAGGCAAAGUGUCUUUGUGCCCUAUGAAGCUCCCCAGGUGGGGACUGAGUUUACAACUAUCCUCUACAAUUUUAUGUGUAACAGCAGUUGUGUGGGUGGCAUGAACAGGAGACCCAUCCUCAUCAUCAUCACUUUGGAAACAAGAGAUGGCCAAGUGUUGGGCAGAAGAUCAUUUGAGGGCCGGAUAUGUGCAUGUCCUGGCCGAGACCGCAAAGCUGAUGAGGACCACUUCAGGGAGCAACAGGCUCUCAACGAGAGUGUGGCCAAAAAUGGCACUGCCAGCAAACGCAGCUUUAAACAAAGUCCACCAAAUAUUCCCAGUCCAAAUAUUAACAUAAGGAAACGGCGGCAUGGAGAAGAAGAGAUUUACUAUAUUCCUGUUCGUGGUCGGGAGAACUUUGAGCUGUUGAUGAAAAUUAAAGACAGUCUGGAGCUGGUGGAGCUGGUGCCUCAGCCACUGGUGGAGUCCUACAGACAACAGACACAACAGCAGCUGCUGCAGAGACCGAGCCAUAUAACAUCCCCCUCCUGUUACUCUCCCUUGUCCGGCAUGAACAAGAUGCAUUCGCACGGAGGCCUUAGCAAGCCACCCUCAGUCAAUCAGAUGGUGGGACAACAUCCUCAGCAACACCCGAACGUCAACCCCUCCAUAGCUCAUAUGGGUCCAAACAUGCUCAACAGCAACCACAUGCAGGCCAAUGGUGAGAUGAACGGUGGCCACAGCAGUCAGAAUAUAGUGUCUGCUUCCCACUGCAGCCCACCCCCUCCGUAUAACCCUGACCCCAGCCUUGUCAGUUUUCUCACCAGUCUGGGCUGUCAGAACUUCAUUGAGUACUUCACAUCACAAGGCCUCCAGUCUGUCUACCAUCUCCAAACUCUCUCUUUGGAGGACUUGGGUGCACUGAAGAUACCCGAACAGUCCCGUCUUGCCAUCUGGAGAGGCCUGCAGGACAUGAAACAAGGUGCUUCUCUUCAGCUUCCCACAUCUACUCAUCACCAUGACUAUCAUGGCCAGCAGCUGCUUCGCUCCAGCAACAACAUGGCUGCCUCUGCGAUGGCAGCCAUUGGCACCACGGGUGGGGAACUUCAACGUCAACGUGUCAUGGAGGCUGUGCACUUUCGAGUUCGCCACACCAUCACUAUCCCCAACAGGUCUGGUGUUGUUGGGCCGUCAGGAAUGGCAGCAGCUGCUGAUGAAUGGGCUGACUUUGGUUUCGACAUGCCUGACUGCAAAGUGUCACGUAGCAAGCACUCCAUCAAGGAGGAAUUCAUGGAAAGCGAUGUUCACUGACAGCAAAGGAUAACCUGACUGCUUUACUUAUGUCAGCAUCAUCCUAUUACCAAUAAGUAGUGUCAUUCAGUGUGCUCUUAGGUGUCACUGUCUUAUUUUAGAGCAGUGAUUUUUCCAGAGAAUCAACUUCCAUUUUGCAUGUCUGAUACUUUCAGAGUGAAAAGGCGCUUUAUUGUGCAGUUUGACUUUUCGGCUUUAGCAAUUGUUUUAUUUACAGCCAAGAGCAUUAGAUGCCACACAAAAGUUGUCUCACAUCUGUAAUAGCAUUUUAAUGCAAUGCCUAUCACAAAUGAUCCAGUCAAUACUUUUUGGGACACUGAUUAGUGUGAAGAAAUUAUGUCUGGGUGCAUUGUGCAAUAAAAUGUGACACUUUUUUAGUUUUUAAACAGUGUACAAAUGUCAGAAUAGGCAUGCCACCACAGUCAGUUUGCAAGAUUUAGUUUUGUGUUUGGAAAAAAAAGAAAGUAAAGGGAAAAAAAAGGUUACACUUAUUUAUUUUUCCUUUCAGUUUCCUUUCACUUGUACAGAUGUAUAUACUAACCCUAACCCUAUCUUGUAAAUGGUUUGGAUUAGCUGUGGUUGAAAUGAAUAUUUAGAUCUUAAAUAAUAUUCUGUUUGAACUAAAUGUAUAGAACCAAAUAGUAAAUCAAACUCAUAGCUACAAAAAACAAAGACAUGUAUUUGUAAUAGCAAUAUGAAGAGCUCUGGUUCUGUAUGUUUUUUAUUAUUUCACUGUUACGAUUUGUUUGAUUGCCUUGGCAUUGAUAGUGUAUACAUUAACACAUAUUAAAAUUGAGUAUUGCUUCCA